UGCCAGUUUCGGGGCUAGGUCGUCAUUGCAGACCAACGCCAACAUCCAGUCAAAAACACAGUAACCUUAAAGUUCUAACAUCACUAGCGAAGCUUUGCUGCACAAGAUGGCGCUCCCAGAUCACUCUCAAGGGCCCAGUUGCGACACCUCGGCCAUGGGCACGUAUCGAGCUUCGCCCGCCAAACUGAUGCUGUAUGGAAAUGGUACAACUAGCCAGCUAAGAAGUGUGGUAACACAGCUCUGCGGUACGAAGGCGUUUGUCGUUACCGGUCAAUCACUCUAUGAGAAGACACCCGUCCUCAAAAAUGUCGAAAAACAGCUCGAUGAUAUGCAUGGAGGCACUUUCUACAAGAUUGGGCAACAUGCGCCAAUUCAACUCAUUCGCGAAGCAACCGCGAUGAUGUCGAAGUCAGGCUGCGACAUACUUGUGUCUGUAGGAGGUGGCUCUCCAAUCGAUUCAGCGAAGGCCAUUGCCCACAAUAUUCACGAAGAGACUGGAAAGUGGAUUCCCAGUAUUGCGGUGCCAACGACCCUCAGUGUAGCAGAGACUACGCAGAAUGCCGGCUUCACUACUGAUGAGGGACACAAAAUAGCCGUGAGCGACCCCGAACAGGUACCGAAAGCGAUCAUUUACGAUGGUGAGAAUGCUUUACAUACACCGAUGAACCUUUGGCUGAGCACUGGAAUGCGGGCGCUUGAUCACGCUGUCGAGCUGAUGUAUCAUCCUCUUGCGUCCGAGAUACCAACAAAGCGGCUGUGUCUCGAAGCGAUUAAAGACCUAUUCACGUACCUCCCGCAAUCGAAAGCCAACCCUGACGAUGCUGAGGUUCGCACGAAGCUAUUUCUUGCAUGUUAUGCCUCUCUCUUCCCGUUCCUGUUCAGUGGCGGUGUUGGUUUGAGCCAUAGCAUAGGCCACGCGAUCGGAGCCACUUAUGCCAUCCCUCACGGAGUCACAAGUUGUCUGAGCCUCGCGCCAGUUGUGCGUCUGAAGGCGAGCAACCCAAACGAAGCGAAGGAAAUUGCGCGGAUUAUUCCCUACAUCAAAAAGCAAAGCACUGGUGACAUUAGCAAAGAUGCGCAAAUGGUCGCAGAUGCAAUCGCAGACCUAGUCAAGGAGCUUGGUCUGAAGACAACGUUGACAGCUUAUAAUGUGCCUACUGGCGAAGAGGAAGAAGAUGCUAUUGCAUCUCGAGCUCUGCACGGAAACAAAGACCACAAGGACUUCGCGAACUUAAAACAUAUUAUUCGGAGCCUCUACUGAGCAUCCCUUGAAGCCUGUUGGGUCAACGAUAAAGGCGCGAUGCACACGCGUGCGAUGAGACGCGAAGUAGAACACGGUGUCACAUGGUUUCAGCAGCAUGAACUUUUCUCAAUCCUGGAAAACAUGUCCUUAUCCGCGCCCGUUCUCUUCUUCCGACGCGGCAAGCAGCCAAUCAUGCUGUUGUGCCGGUACAUUUCCGAGCAGUGUGCGGCUGAAUGCUUAUCCACGCCAAGUGUCGACCUUUUUCCGGCUCGCAGAGCU